AUGUCGGCAACUGCUGCAUCUUCUCCAUUCCUUCACGCGCUCUCUGCAUACGAAAAUCAAUCUAAUCAAUCCCUCCAACAGAAUCACUCAGGUUUAUACAACACUACCCCAAACCCCUCUCGCUGUCCGUGGAUGGGUGAGGAGCGAAUGGUCGCCAACAAAAAGCUCACGAUCCUGCCCCUCAUCGCCCUAAUCUUCUACGAGGUCUCCGGCGGCCCCUUCGGCGUCGAGGACUCCGUCAGAUCCGGCGGCGGCCCCCUCCUCUCCCUCCUCGGCUUCCUCGUCUUCCCCUUCUUCUGGAGCAUCCCGCCUCCUGGUCACGGCGGAGCUCGUCACCAGCUUCCCGGCCAACGGCGGCUACGUCCUCUGGAUCUCUGGUUCAGCGGGGUCAUGGACAACGCGCUCUACCCAGUCCUCUUCCUCGACUACCUCAAACGCUCCUUCCCGGUUUUCGAACAGACCGCCGCCCGGAUUCCGGCCCUGCUGGCCAUCACGGUCGUGCUGACGUAUUUGAACUACAGAGGACUUCACAUCGUGGGCUACUCAGCCGUCUUACUCGCUUGUUUCUCACUUUUCCCAUUUCUCGUGAUGGACAUUUUGGCCGUACCCCGUGUCCAGCCCAGGAGAUGGCUUGCCAUGGAUUACCGGAGACGGGGCUACUUCAAUAGCCUUUUCUGGAACUUGAACUACUGGGAUAACGCCAGCACGCUGGCAGGGGAGGUCGAGAAUCCAGCUCGGGCUUUCCCCAGGGCCCUGUUUGGUGCAAUUGUUCUGGUUGUGUGCUCGUAUUUGGUUCCUCUGCUUGCCGGUACAGGGGCUGUUCAGACGGACCCCGGAGAUUGGAGUGACGGGUAUUUUGCAGAGGUGGGAAUGGUGAUCGGAGGCCACUCAGGCAGCGGCUGCCUUCUCGAACUUGGGUCUGCUGAGGUGAGCAGUGAUGCUUACCAGCUUUUGGGGAUGAGCGAGAUUGGGAUGCUGCCAGCAGUGUCUGCUUCCAGAUCAAAAUACAACACGCCCACAUUCAGCAUCUUGUGCUCUGCAUCAGGCGUGAUACUCCUAUCUCGAAUUCCUCAACUUCCUUUACGCAAUCAGCAUGCUUUUUGAAUUCGCUGCAUUCAUAAUGUUACGAAUAAAAAAACCAGAUCUACACAGACCCUACCGAGUCCCCCAACAAACUAUUGGCUCGAUUUUCCUCUACUUGCCACCUGUACUCUUACUGGCGCUCGUCAUGUCCCUUGCGUCCCUUAACACAUUCCUGGUCAGUGAGGUCGUGAUUUUGUUCGGGUUUGCUCUUUAUCCAGCUUUGAUUCAAGCAAAUGAGAGAAAAUGGGUUGAUUUCCACACACAUAUUGGAUUAGGCUCGGUUGGGGAUAAUCUCGAGAGACAAGGGGUUGUGUUGGAAGACGAGCAAGUUAGUGACGAGGCAGCUCGAGGCCUUUUAGUAGGAUCGUCUACUGAUUUUUCACACGAGGACUUUGCAAAAUCGGAGUAGAUUAAGUUUACUUGUAGAUGGUGUAAUAAUUUCUAAAGGUAUCGUCUCCCUAUGCACUGGGCAUGGCCCCAGUGGCUCGGCUUGGCCUAUCUAUCGCUGCUUUUUUUUUUACGCUACUCUUUUCGGAUCAAAGAAUGCUAUGGCCAAAGAUUGAUUCAAAAUCGAACCUCCAUCCAACGGCUUAUUUUACGCCUUGCUCGCACAGCCUCUGGCCCAGAUGUUGACAUUGUUCUGGGGUUCGUUUUAGGUUUCUUCACCUGGAUAUGGAAUCCGGGGAGAAAGGAAAUAUUCUGCAUAUGGCGG